UAACAGGCUUCGGAAGAAGAGGGGAAAAAAAUCACGCUUUUAGGAGUACAAAAAAAGCAAAUAUUUUCGUCAUGCGGUAUAUAAUGACACAGCUCUCUAAAUCAGGAUUCAGUUAGAGAAUACAUGACUGCCCUGUCAUAACAAGUCGAGUAUGGGUCGACAGUGAUUCUAAUUGAAGUGUAAAAUAUCAGAAAAUAAUCAUGGAAACAUUGGGAAUUUUGUUGAAAGUGAUUCUUCUGAAAGUUCUUCUCAUUUUAUCAUGCAGUGGGCAGACUCAAGCGCAGGGUCCAUCCUUCACGAGCUGUCCAUACGACAGAAUAAUCACUUUCCAAGUCGGCGAGACGAUGGUAGACGUGGUCUGGGCGGAACCACAGGUGAUGGGAGGCCAAGGCCAGUUCACUGUGACGCCAUCCAUAUCGUCUGGGUCGUCGUUUGAGUUAGGCGACACGACGGUCAUGUACCAGGUCGUUGACGAGGCCGGAGACGAUGACAGUUGCACGUUCGUCAUCACAGUUAGAGUUCCUACGAUCUAUGGUUGCCCCGAUCAGACGAUCGUCCAAGAUAACGAGCCAGGCCUCGACUACGCCGAUGUGACCUGGGUGGAGCCUCGUACAGAGGACGCAUCGACAACCAGUUCAUUGAGGUCAGAUAUUAUGAGCGGUGAUCGUUUCUUCAUCGGAGAAACAGUCGUGACGUACAGACUGACGGACAACGGGCCCAACGUCGAUAUUUGCGAGUUCACUGUGCAGGUCGUAGACGUUGAACCUCCAACGUUCAAUUCUUGCCCUGGCAACAUAACAUCAAGGGUACUUGCAGAGUCUGCAUGCAACGUCACGCAGUCCUGGACAGUCCCGACCGCGACAGACAACGAUGGAACACCGAUUAUGGCUUAUUCACAUUUCCCAGGCAGCGGCCUCUUCAAAUGUGGUAUGACCGAGUUUAACGUUACCGCUACUGACCCGUCCGGUAACGUCGCCUAUUGUAGGUUCUACGUCACCGUCCAAGUUGGGGGCUACGAAAACUGCCCUGGCGACGUCACCGGGGACAACUCGCCCGGCUUGAACACGGGCACGGUUACAUGGACACCGCCAACCAUCAUCGAUCGUCAACCCGGCUGGGAAGAGAGAGUGAGCCACGAACCCAGCCACCAAUUCUUCUUGGGCACGACCAACGUCACGUACAGGCUGAUGGAUCCUUCUGGCGCGGCCGAUGUAUGCUGGUUUCUCGUAACGAUUGUCGAAAAGGAGCCUCCAAGUAUCGAAUGCCCAGCUGACAUCGUUGUUACAGCAACCAGUAGAGAGGGCGGGGCCAUCGUAAGCGAUUGGCCCAGCCCCUUCAUUAACGACAACGGAAACAUAGACAACGUAUGGAGCAAUCACAAGCCCGAAGAAGAGUUCCCCCUGGGCGAUACGGUGGUCAUCUACGGAACCAACAACACGGCCGGCAACACAGCGUUCUGCAAUUUCACUAUAACCGUCCGAGCCUUCGUGCUAGGCCUGUUCACGAAGAUAGACGAACACACCUUGGUCGGCAACGACGAUGCGAUCAUCACCGCUUCCGACGUCGCCGAGUGCCUGGCUGCGUGCCUCGACGAGGAGAGGUUCGUGUGUCGAUCAGCCGAGUAUACGUCGUCGGGAGAGUGUCGUCUGAGCGAAAACAUCGCGCGAACCUACGACGAUCUUCAACAUCAAGAUGGCGUUAUCUAUUUCGAAAAAUUAGGAGACAACACACCGCCAAUUAUUGUGCUCUGUCCCAAUGACGUGACCAGACCUGCGGACGACGGUCAACGUUUCACCGCCAUCGCCUGGUUUGCUCCAUUGGGUCGUGAUGACAGUGGAGGACCAGUGACUUUAACGUCGUCGCAUCAGUCAGGCGCAGUCUUCUACGUCGGCGUCACAGAAGUCGUAUACACCGCCGUAGAUGAGUCCUUCAACCGCGCAACAUGUUCCUUUAGUGUCACUAUCAUUGAUGACGAAGACCCAGUUAUUCAUGACUGCCCAGAUCUUAGAACAGGCUACCUACACUAUGCGGACCAACAGUCCGUCGGGAUCUCUUGGUUGGUACCAUCAGCCCUGGACAACUCCGGCAAUGUGAGCUUGGUCGGUUCCCGCCAACCCGGCGACAACUUUGACAAAGGAAGGACGACUGUCACGUACACUGCGCGUGACCCUUCGGGCAAUGAAGAGACUUGCUCGUUCAGGGUUCAGGUUGUUCUGUUACCAGCCAGAAAUAGAUUUUCAUUGCAGAUUCUGCUACCCAGCCUUGUAUAUUCGGAAAGCCUGGCGGACAAAGACUCUGAACAUUAUCGAAUGAUAGAUGAAUCCAUUCAAACAAAGAUUGAAGAAGCCUUUGGAAUGGAUCCUGCUUUCUUAGACGCGACCAUCAUCAAUAUUACAAUGUCAGAAGAAGGGGGCGUCGAGAUUCAGCUCAGUCUCGGUUUCUCAGAGGAGACAACGCCCGAUUCCAAACGAGAAGAGACGCGGAUCCUCCUCACCUCACUCACAGACGAAGGCCUCGUUGGCGCUAGUGUCGAGGAGGUCCAGCUGAUCAAUGAUGAUGGUGAAAUGAUCACUAUCGACGCAUGUUACUUGUUACCAUGUCCAUCUGGAAUGAACUGUACGGUCCAAGGCGAAACCUGUGUCUCUUACUGUACUGACAACCCCAGCUACUGUCUCAAUGAAGGAUUUUGUGUGAGACCUAAUAAGGAGCCAUUGGUGUUGUGCAUAUGUUCAGAGUUUACCUACUACGGGACAAGAUGCGAAUUGGAAGAUAAAGUGAAUGAGCCUAGGACCCUAGCGAUUGUAGCCGGAGCUUUCUGGGGUAUUGUUUUGCUCUUACUCCUCAUCCUGUGUUUCCCCAUCUGUGUACGCCGAUGCAAACAAACUAAAACUGAACAUUAUGGAAGUGACACAGAGCUGGUCAAAGCAGAUGCGUACGCUCAAAGCGACAGUGACGAUGACGGCAUGCAUGAUGAAAACGCCAAUCGAGAUGUGAAAGUCCCUUCCCCAGAUCCAAUGCAAAAUGGUGGAAAGAUCAAUGCAGCUUAUAUCGACGAUGAACAGGAAUUCCAAGUCGACGAAGAAGAGACUUUACACACUGGCGAAGGAGCAAAUGGUUUCAUUCUCAAUGCAGACUCAAAGAGCAGAUCACAAGGAGACGGAAAUUCCAAUUUAACAGAUGACACGAACGAAGCGAUUGAUAUGACGGUGAUGUCUGAUUCUUCUGAUCCGACGUUAACGAUAGAAAAUGAAGAGAUGACGACCAAUUUACUUGACAUCGAACUAGAAGCAAAUGGGGGAGUUCUUUCAAACGGCGAUGCACUAAUUGCCCCUGUCGCAAUGAAUUCGGAGAGCGACGUUCCCGAUGUUGGUUUCGCUGAUCCAUCUUACGGCAGUAGUGAUCAGCAGACAGUUACAGCCACUGUGCACAGCAGCGGAGAUGGAAACUUUACCGUUAGAUCCUCGCUCGGUGAAGGAGAUGAUGGCAGCACACCCGAAAGACGAUCACUUGCAGACAGCAUUGAUGGGAUGUACUAACCCAUUCAUUGGUCAAUGAAAAUACUAACAGUACAUGUACUACCAUUAUUAUAAUACUUUGAUUGGUGUUUCAGAGAACUAAUCCGUUUGAGGCUCCUAAUACCAACAGCGACCUAGAACAUUUCUUUCCAGGUUUUUUUUUUAACAGUUGAUUGGUAAUCAUAAAUAGUUACAGAGCAAUUUUUAGCAUUGUUACUCGGUAACCUGAAAGAAAUUUUCCUGGUUCGUAAAAUGUCAAGUAGACUAAACCGCUUCUCUGUCAAUUUCAAAAUUUCAAAGAUCUUGAACUUAAAGUUUGAUUCACUAUGCAUAGCACAAGCCUAAAGAAAUGUCAAUCCAGCAAAUGAGCUUAUGAAAGAUUUCAUAAUUACAAAGACAUGGAUCGGAAGGUGUUGGGGCUCCUCUUUUUCUUGUAGUAAUCAUUUAUUGCUCUCUAACUCAUGUUUAUUAUUUAUUUUUUUCUCAACAAAAUCUGGUUAUUUUCUCAUCAAUAACUACUAAGUAAAUCUUCAGUAUAUAUUCUAGAAAAAAACAGAAAAAAACCCAUCUUGAUUGCUCCUAUGAAAUGUAUUUACACUAAAGCUGAAAAUGUCUGUAACAAAUUGAAAAUCAUUUUAUUUAAAAGAAAACAAAAGGGAUGCGGGUAUUUUAUAUUAGUAGAGGACAAAUUGGUAAUGGAAUUUAUUAGAUAAAAUGUAGAAUUUAUUCAUUUAUUUAUUCAUUUAUUCAUGAUGUGAUUCAGAAUUGUAUUUAAAAUGUAUAAGUCAUAUAACUGUCUUGUCAUGUUUUGUGCUGAAAGCCGGAGGACCGUACCUGGUCAUAGACUUUUUCUUAUAUAGUCUUGACGCCCUUCUGGCUUUCAGCACACGACACCAUGUUUUUGUCUUAUGUUUUAUGUAUUACAUGUUAUACCAAUGGAAAACAAAUUUCUGUAUUAUAUUAUGGACAAUAAAAUCUUGAAUCUUGACAGGGAGAAACAGCUGGCUAAAACAUUUCAACAUUUUGAAGGUGAAGGUGAACCUUGCUUAUGCAGGUUCGACUAGGUAUAUAUUGAUGCGUUACUCCUUUAUCAAUAUGUGGAAAUAUAUCACUUAAGAGAAGAGAGAUAGAGAGAAUGUGUAUGUGUAUGUGUGAAAUACAGAGACAGAGAAAAGGAGAGAGAGAGAGAGAGAGAGAGAGAAAAAGGAAGAGAGAGAGAGAAAGAGAGAGAGAGAUAUGGGGAUUAUCCUAACAUCAAAUUGUACCGUAAUCCUAAGAAGCUUAUACAUUUUUAUUUGUGUGUUUCACAUGUUAUUAAAUUCCAAAAUUGAAUUGUUUGCAAUGUUACUUCAUGAAGUCACAGUAAAAUAGUGUUUGAGCUUAAAAAAAAGAAAAAAUUGGAAAUGUGUAGUCACUGUCAAAAUAUUAUUAUUACCACAGAAAUUUCUUCCUACUGUUGGUGCCUGCUGUACAAUUUAUUUUGAUGUUUGUACGUGCACUAUAUAAGAAUCCAAUAUUAUUAUUAUUAUUAAUACAUGCCAAGGAAAACAUAAUUUCCUCCUUUGUGGACUUUGUAGAAUUAUUGGGUACCGGAAGUUUUAUUUUUAUUGAUUUCUACCAUGUAUGAAUGUUGUUUACACAGAUAUGGGUACAUGUAUCUUAUUAAAAGUGUCGUAAAUUAA